AUGCUUUGCAGGGCCACCGAAUGGAAGGAGGGGGAUAUUCAGGAGCCAUCCUCCGGCAUCCACCGAUCUUUGGCGAUGGACUUUGAUGCUGUGUAUCAAGGGCAGCAUGAUGUGUUGAGCCGUGCUGCUGCUCCGAUGGCUCCUGUCGAAGAGGCAUCGUCAUCGAUGCAUGGCCCAUGCAUGGAGACCUUGCUUGAGGAUGCAGAUGAGCCAAAGAGUGCAGAGGAGUCCCAGCAGGAGCCAGAGAUUGCGGAGGAGCCCGAGCCGGAGAUGGAGAGUGCAGAGGAGCCUGAGCCCAGUUCCGGGGUUUGUGGUCCUAUGCCAUUGGAGGUUUUGGCGCCAGAGCCAUCGGUCCAUGGAAGUGAGGCGGAAGAUUUGCUGCAGGUGGAGGGUGAGGCAUUCGACCACCAGCAGCAGGUCGAGCUGCGGCAGAAGUUGCAGGAGAAGAAUCGCGCUCGCGGCGGAGGUCGCGGUCGCUCCCGUGGCCGUGGCAGGGGCAGGGGUCGAAAGGCACCGCCGCCCAGUGAAAAUGAUGAAGAGAAUGAAGAGUUGGUAACUCCGAAUGCCAGAGGGGCUGCAGUGCCAGAGGAGACACCCAUGGACAAGGCUUGCAGGACGAAGCGCGGUGCUGCCUCGGAGGAGCCUGUGGAGCCCAAGCCCAAGCGGGCGAAGGCAGCAGCGAAGAAAGGGGCGGCCAAGAGAAUGAUGAAGCGACCAGCUGCAGCCAGACGCAUUGCUGAGGAGCAGCCCGUCCAUGCUGAGGCAAUCGUGCCUGAGGCAAAUGGUGCAGAAGCUUCCAUGCCUGAUGCAGAUGGGAUGACCGAGCCAAGUGUGCCAGAGCCGUUGGAUGAUGCAGAGCCUGAGCCAAGAGUGGUUGAGCCGUUGGCUGAUGCAGAGCCUGAGCCCAGAGUGCCUGUGCCAUUGGCUGAAGAGCCGGAGGAGGCACCCAUGGGUGGUGAUGGGCAUGAGGAUGUGCCGGACGAGGUGGUGCCACCUCGCGGUCGUGGUCGUGGCCGUGGUCGCGGUGCCAAAGGCCUUUCCGAGGAGAAUCGCAAGAUUUGCAGGGCGCUGGUCCAGCAUGGGCGGAAUUACAAGCUGGAGCUGUAUUGGACCAGGAGUGUGAUCGGAGUUCGCCAGAAGAAUGGCCCACAGGUCUGGAGCAUGAGCUUCAAGAAUUUGAAGGUCGGCAUCCUCGUGGCCAACGAGAUUGUCUCCCUGUUGGAUCGUGAUAUGAACAUCCAUGGUGAGGAGAUGACGAAUACCAUCAGGAACUUCCGUUCAGAGCUUGAGGAGCAGUAUGGAGAAGUUUGGCCGUGA